CGAUCAGGUAUUUCAUGGACUAGUGUUUCCCAGCAAGCACAUUUUAGUUAUAACUUUACAGUGAAUAUUCAGAAACCAAUUUUGGAGGUCAAAAUGGAGAAGAUCUUGUUAUGGAGUUUCCUACUGACUUCUUCUGAAAGUCAAGCCUUGAGAUCCUUGGUUCAAAGAAAUACCGAAUUUGCAGUGGAUCUUUAUCAAGCUAUUUGUUUAUCUCAUAAAAACAACAUUGUAUUUUCCCCUCUUGGGACAACUUUGGUUCUUGGAAUGGUACAACUUGGAGCAAAAGGAAAAGCACAAUGGCAGGUAAAACAAACUCUAAAAUUUCAGGAAUCCUCAACAGGAGAAGAAUUUUCUUUGCUGAAGUCAUUUUUCUCUGCCAUCUCAGAGAAAAAACAAGAUUUUACAUUUAAUCUUGCCAAUGCCCUCUACCUUCAAGAAGGAUUCACUGUGAAAGAACAGUAUCUCCAUGGCAACAAAGAAUUUUUUCAGAGCGUCAUAAAACUGGUAGAUUUUCAGGAUGCAAAGGCUUGUGCAGAGACAAUAAAUACCUGGAUAGAAAGCAAAACAGAUGGAAAAAUUAAAGACAUGUUUUCAGGGGAAGAAUUUGGUCCUCUGACUCGGCUUGUUUUGGUGAAUGCUAUUUAUUUCAAGGGGGAUUGGAAACAGAAAUUCAGAAAAGAGGACACACAGCUGAUGAAAUUCACUGAGAGAGAUGGAGCAGCAGUCAACAUCCCGAUGAUGAAGGCUCUUCUGAGAACAAAAUAUGGUUAUUUUUCUGAAUCCUACAUGAAUUACCAGGUUUUGGAAUUACCUUAUAAAGGUGAUGAGUUUAGUUUAAUCGUCAUACUUCCUGCUGAAGAUGUGAACAUAGAAGAAAUGGAAAAAGUAAUUACUGCUUAUCAAAUCCUGAAAUGGUUCUCUGAGAUGCAAGAAGAAGAAGUAGAAAUAAGCCUCCCUAGAUUUAAAGUGGAACAAAAAUUAGACUUAAAAGAAGCUUUGUAUUCUCUAAAUAUAACUGAGAUAUUUAGUGGUGGCUGUGACCUUUCUGGAAUAACAGAUUCAUCUGAGGUGUUUAUUUCCCAAGUUGUGCAACAAGUUUUCUUUGAGAUAAAUGAAGAUGGCAGCGAAGCUGCAACAUCAACUGGUGUACACGUCCCUGUGAUCAUGAGUCUGGUUCGAAACCAAUUUAUAGCAAAUCAUCCAUUUCUGUUUAUUUUGAAGAACAACCCAACAGAAUCCAUUUUGUUUAUGGGAAGGGUGACAAAUCCCGACACUCAAAAGAUUAAGGGAAGAGAUUUAGAUUCACUGUAAAUAAAAAGCUUCGGAGUGUAAGAUGAUUCCUAGAAAAUAGUUCAUUGGCAAAUCAUCAUCUUGCAAAUAAUUUCUAUAUAUCUCUUUCUGUUUUUAACUGUGCCUAUAUUAAUCUGUAUAAAUGUAGACCUGUUUUAAUGAAUAAAUAAAA